AUGUCCAUUUGCGAUGUUUGUUUAAACCUUGACUGGAACCUCUAUAGCACCAGAUUACUUGUCCGUCCUCCGCUGAGCGAGUCGGACAAUGAAUCAAUCCAGUCACAAGAUGAUGACCCGUUGUUUAGAGAUGAAAUGAUCGAAGAUAACGACGGGAUGGAAACAUUGGACGACGAGACAAAUCAAAUUGAAGAGGACCUAAAUCCACCAGAAGAUGACAUGUACCAAGCGCAGGACGACAUGAGUCUGUCCACAAAUGAGACGAAUGAACUGGAAAGAUCACCAACACAAGAGAAGCGCGUGAGUACUGAUUCCACCUCUCUAGCUCUUUCAGCUAGUAGCGGAUGCGAGUUGUGUUCUAUCCUCCAUCAAGGUCUCGUAGCUUUUCGACAAUACACAGCCUCGCUCCGAGAUCCUUGGAAACCAUGGGAUCUCGGAGGUCCUUGUAAAGUUGAUAUUGAGCUACGCCGCGGACGAAGUCUAUCUUUGUCUCUUAGCAAACGCGACUACGGCUGGGAAGAGGAACCUGGAGAAACCUCCAUUUCACAGCUGCAUUCUGAACAACAGCAAUCGCUGGGUCGUGACAGGUACGAGCUUUGUAUCGAGUUUUUCACAUGUGCUGACUCACCUACUUCCCCAUGGACCGCCUUUGGAAUAGGGAAGCCGGUAACGGAAAACCUAAAUAGGACGCUGUCUGUACAGCUCAUAAGAGAGUGGCUCCAUUCCUGCACGGAAGAACACAUUUGUAUUUUUGAACAAUUUCCAAAACUCCCGACGCGGGUUCUGGAUCUUGCACCUUUGGCAGAUGGUCAUGACUUGGUAUUGUUUGAGUCGAAGACAGAAAAUGCCAGUUAUAUGACUUUAAGCCACUGUUGGGGGGAAUCGACGAUGAUCGAAACACGUAAAGAUACUCUUCGUGAGAUGAAAAGCGGAAUACCGUUGUCAUCGCUGCCUCAGACUUUCCAAGAUGCGAUUGCUAUUACGCAAGAUCUGGGUAUUCGGUACCUCUGGAUUGACUCUUUAUGCAUCAUCCAAGACGAUAUCGACGACUGGGAAAAAGAGUCUAGCAGGAUGGCCGCGGUCUACGCAAAUACAUAUCUUAACAUUGCCGCAACUUGCUCUAGGGAUAGCAGUGACGGGAUAUUUCAACCACGAUGGCAUGAGGCCAUGGUAGUGCGCGACGUGUGGUCUUGCCCGGUGAAGGACGUUAAAAUAACAGGCACUCAUCAAGGUCAGCCAUAUGAUGUGUUUGCUCGAUUUGAGAUGUGGAGGGCGCAUCGUGACUUCUUGAUGAGUAACGACGUUAGUGACAUCCACCAUCGAUCGCCUCUGUUAGCCAGAUCGUGGGUGUUUCAAGAACUUUAUCUCUCUCCUCGGACCAUUCACUUCCACUCUUCUGAGUUAAUCUGGGAAUGCAAGAAGUCCCUUCGGUGCGAGUGUGGAGAAUUGGAACACGAAGUAGAUGAAGAAAAUGCGUUAUCAAGACACCGUUCGUUAAACAGCCUGUCCACGCUCAGCGACAACCAGCGGUCUUAUUUAUGGCUUUCAAUCGUCACCGAGUAUUGUCAGCUUAACUUGACACGCGAGUCCGACAGGCUUCCUGCUUUGGCUGGUCUGGCCAGUCGCUUUGAAAAUCAAAGUACGGGAAAAUACUUCGCGGGAUUAUGGCAAAAUGACCUUGUGCGAAUGCUAUUGUGGUCUUUAAGUCAGUCCAAAGCGACUUGCGAGCGAGAUUUCUCGAUAGCGCCAUCAUGGUCAUGGGCGUCUAUUGUGGAAUACAACGACCCCAAUGCAAGAGGUGAUAAUUCGCCAAACUACGUUCUCGUUAGAGGAAGUCCCACCAGCUUCAAACAAGAUGCCAAUGUUAAGAUACUGGAUGUCACUUGUACAGUCCCCGGUAUCAAUCCUUACGGCCAAGUAUCUGAUGGAACGAUUAUUAUCCAGGGCAGCGUCAUAUACGCAACGCUUGUGCGCAGAAGAGUAGAGACCCACGUAGGCAAUAACGAUGUCGGCACAAGUAUAUCUCUGCAUUGGGAUAACAGCAUCGGCACAGGUCAUUCAACUCGUUACUUCUCCGAGGCACAGGUUUUAAAAGACCCUGCGAUCUGUGUUGGCGUAGAUGUAAUAUUUGAGCUUGAGGACAAUGACUUAAGCGUUGUGACUCGUGAAAGUUUCAUUCCUGAUAUUUGGAUUGGGGACCGCUGGGAGGUAUUGGAUGGAGACGAGGUUCUUUGCUUGUUUUUGGGCACUAGUAAGAUUGAUUUCAGAGAUGGAGCUAGAACUAUGGCGUUAUGUUUGGUGCUUAGGUAUUCUGAGGAGCGGGAAGGCGCAUUUGAGAGAAUUGGGGUGAUGAUGUGUGAGACGGACAGCGUGAUAUUUCAAGAACAGGAAGGUUGUGUCAUUGAGUUGAUAUGA